GCAACGACAGCAGAGGAGGCAGACCCCUGGCUGCAGGGGGACCCGUGGAGCGACGCGGCUGGGAACAACCAUGCCGGCUGGUGGAAUUCGUGGAGAGAAUGGUGGGGCUCAGCCAGCUGGUGGACCGGCUCGCAGGUGAAUGAGUAUGCAGACCACUGGUGGACCAGCUCACCGGCGAACGAGGGCGAGGUCUGGGUCACCAUCCAGAGGCCGCGGCAGCCGCCGCUCCCCCACGGGCUGAUGCGCGGAGCGGCCGGGAGCGAUCCCGCCACGGCGCAGGCCCCUCCGUCAGCACCUGCGCCGGCGACGCCGCCGGCACGGCCGCCCGCGGUGACGAUGGCCCCAGCGCAGCCGACCCAGCCACUCGCAGCAGCAGCGACGGAGCUGACGGUCGAGGCGACGCAGGUUCCGCCACCGCCACGGCCGUGGGCACCCACUGACGGAGGAUCGACGUCCACGUGGCGCCCGUCAGACACGCAGGGCCCUCAGCCGUGGGGAGGCUUCGAGCAUCUCGAGACCUACGUAGUGGCCCUGCGGCGAUGGAGCAGAAGGACGGGCCUGCCGGCAGAGCAGCAGGCGGGCAAGGUCAUCGACGGCUUGCCCGUGGACAUGCAGGAGAGGCUCCUGCACUACGCGGAGGAGCUCGACGCCCCCGGCGGCAUCGAGGUCCUCAUCGACUUCCUGAAGAGGUGCCGGGGCGACCAGGACGGCGACGAGGCCAAGGAGAGCUUCAGGCUGGCACUGGAAGACACCGAGAUGAGAGCGGGGGAGUCGUACACCCAGUACGUGAUGCGCCGGGACCUGCAGGUGAAGUCGGCGAAGAGGUACGGGCUCGAGCUCCCAGAGCAGGUCCAGGUGCAGCAGCUGAGGAGUGGAGCGAACCUGAGUGAACAGAAUGCGAUCAACCUGCUCUCGAUCACCCAGGGCCGUGAGGAUCUGGAGUCGAUCAAGCAGGGCUUGAAGAAGAUGGACGUGAAAAAGAAGAGCAGUCAGAAAAAGUCGAGGGUGUACGCGGUCGGACACGACGAGGACGAGGACGACGAGGAGGUGUUCGGCAGCAGCGAGGUCUACCUCGAGCUGGAGGAGGACCUCAUCCUGGACACCGAGGACGCGCUGGCCUUCUACGAGGCGAUCGCCAACCAGGAGUUGGACGAGGACCAGGCGGCGGCCGUCCUGGCCGCGGUGCUGGACGAGAAGAGGACCAAGGAGGGCCGGCCUCGGAAGUGGGCAGAGUCGCGAGAGCUGAAGAAGGCCAUUGCCCGGGACCGCGACUUCUUCGACUCCAAGAGAGCCGGAGGCCGGGCGGCGCCACGCCCGCCAGCGGGCAAGCAGCGCCUCAGCAUCGCCCGCCUCAAGGAGAGGACGCGGUGCGCCAACUGCGGUCAGAAGGGGCACUGGCGCAAGGAGUGCACCAAUCCGUACAAGCCGAAGCAGAUCGAGCAGCGGCCCAAGAAGGAGCUCGGGGGGAAGUCGCUCUACGUGGCGGCGGACUUGCUGGACGAGGGCGACGGCACCUUCCUCGUCGGAGGGCCUCGGAUUCGGGAGCUGUUUCGGAACGUGCUGAUCGGCGAGUCCUGCGAUCGAGGCCAGGUGGGCCACGGACGAGUGCUAGCCGACCAGCCUCUGCGAGGUGGGCCUCGUUCGAAGUCAGAGGAGGCGAUCCUCGGCACGUUCAUCCUGGACAUCGAGGGCGACGAGCCGGAGGGCAUGGUGGACACGGCGGCCGGGCAGGCGCUGGUGGGCGAGAAGCAGCUGAAGGUAUUGCAAGAGAAGUACUACAAGAAGGGCUGGCGAAUCCCGGUGAGAAAGACCGACGGCAACAGCAGCGCCAAGGGGAUCGGCGGCCGCUCCAGGGUCGUCGGGGAAGCGAUGGUGCCGGUGACCAGUGCGGGGAUCCGGUGCCUAAUCCUCUUCAGAGUGAUCGCGGAGGACGUCCCCCUCCUCCUGCCCGUGCGCUGGAUGGAGAGCCUGGGGGCCGUCGUGAACCUGGCCGAGGACAAGAUCACGCUGCGCUUCGAGGGGCUCGACCGCACCGUCAAGCUCACGAGGCAGAGGUCCGGCCAUCGCACCAUGGCGCUGCUGGACGAGAGCCUCCCGGGGGACUUCGACAUUCCUGAGGGGGCCCGGCGCGACUGGCCGGGCCUCGAGAAUGACACGUUUCGAGUGUACAGGAGAAGCUCCAGUCUGAAGCGAGAGGGGGGCUCGAGGAAGAAUUCAGCACCAGGGACUCCCCGGCCGACAGUCACCUUCUCGGAGCCGAUGGACACCAGCUGGGAGAGGCUGCCGGGGUCCGACCUGGAGUCCGAGGGGAGCGAACAGUCAUCCCCGCCGCUGCAGGACGGCGCGGCAUCGACCCGUCCCACACCUCCGUCGCCGCCCCAGCCGACGUCAAGGCCCCACAUCGGCCUCCAGACGAGCUCCCUGAGGAAGGCCUGGAAGCGGAUGACGGUCAAGCUGAUGCACGUGGCCGACGUGGGACAGGCGACCAAGAUGAUACAGGAGAUGCGCGACGAGGCGACCGGGAAGAUGAACGCUCUGGAGUGCCCUCAUCCACCCUGGGCCCACUGGGAGUCAGGCAACCAGCACAUGCGCUACGUCAAGUGCCUGAGGUGCUCGAGCAUGAUCUGGAGAAGGGACCUCACGCACCGCGAGAAGCAGGCCCAGCAGCUCAAGAAGGUCGAGAGGGAGGCCCGGCGGGCGGCGAGGACCAAGCAGCUGGAGACGCCGCCUUGGGAGCCGCCGAAGGUCGAGGGUCGCAGCAAGGAGGGCGUCAAGAGGGCGGCCAGGGCUACUCCAGCGGCGUCGUCCGGUUCGGCCGACACGACGGUAGAGACGAGCAGCUCCGACCUCAACCAGAUGAUGAAGGCGAUCCAGACCAACAGCGAGGUGGUAUCGCAGCUGGCGCUGGCGAUCCAGCAGCUCGUGCAGAAGGGGACCUGA